GGCGCAGCUGUUUUGUGCAGAGCUGUGGGUCAGGAUGUGCAGUUGAGGAGCGGAGCUGUGCAGGCGCUGAGACAGAACGGCUCGCAGUUUCAGAGCGCACGGUGCAUCGCCGUGUAGAACGCGCUGCUCUGCUCUUCCAGCCAAGGCUCCUCGAUAACGGCUCGAAAUGAAGUGCUUCACGUUUUCCAGCUGCCGGCAUUUUGUGCUGAAAGCUUUCCUGGUGCAAGUCCUCGCGUCUCUGGGAACUUUCGCUGCGCCUUCGCCCAUUAUCAAGUUCCCCGGAGAUGACUCUGUACCACGGACAGACAAAGAAGUAGCCUUGCACUAUCUGAAUAAGUUCUAUGGCUGCCCGGAGGACCGAUGCAACUUGAUGGUCCUGAAGGACACACUGAAGAAGAUGCAGAAGUUUUUUUCUCUUCCAGAGACAGGGGAGAUUGACCAGAGGACAGUUGAGAUUAUGAAGAAGCCACGUUGUGGAGUCCCAGACGUUGCCAAUUAUAAAUUCUUCCACAGAUCACCCAAGUGGGAAAAGAACGGCAUUACAUACAGGAUCCUGGGCCAUACUCCUGACCUGGACGAGGAGACGAUUGAUGAUGCAUUCUUCCGUGCUUUUAAAGUCUGGAGUGAUGUUACUCCUCUCACCUUCACACGCAUCAUGGACGGAGAGGCUGACAUCAUGAUCAACUUUGGCCGCAACGAGCAUGGUGAUGGUUAUCCAUUUGAUGGGAAGGAUGGUCUCCUGGCCCACGCAUUUGCUCCUGGACCCGGAAUUGGAGGAGACUCGCAUUUUGAUGAUGAUGAACAGUGGACUCUGGGAGAAGGGCAAGUUGUAAAGGUUAAGUUUGGUAAUGCAGAAGGAGAGUUCUGUAAGUUUCCAUUCCUCUUCAUGGGGCAAGAAUACACCAGCUGCACAUCUCAGGGACGUGAUGAUGGUUUCCUCUGGUGCUCCACAACCUACAACUUUGAUGAGGACGGAAAAUACGGCUUCUGCCCACAUGAGCUGCUGUUUACACUGGGUGGAAAUGGAGAUGGAGCCCCCUGUAAAUUCCCUUUCACAUUCCAAGGGGAGAAAUAUGACAGCUGCACCACGUCAGGUAGAGAUGAUGGGUACCGUUGGUGUGCCACUACCGAGGACUAUGACCGGGACAAGACCUAUGGCUUCUGCCCUGAGACUGCUAUGUCGACAGUUGGAGGGAACUCUGAAGGUGCUCCCUGUGUCUUUCCAUUCACUUUCCUGGGCAAAACCUAUGACUCAUGCACUACCUCCGGCCGUAGUGAUGGGAAAAUGUGGUGCGCUGUCACCAAGAGUUUUGAUGAUGACCGCAAGUGGGGUUUCUGUCCUGAUCAAGGCUACAGUCUCUUUCUGGUGGCAGCUCAUGAAUUUGGCCAUGCUUUGGGCCUGGAGCACUCUGAAGACCCUGGUGCUCUCAUGGCUCCCAUCUACACCUACACUAAGCACUUCAGGCUGUCCAACGAUGACAUCAGAGGCAUCCAGCACCUCUACGGUGUGCCAACAGACAAGCCUCUUCCGCCCACUCAGGGUCCAGUCACUCCUAUGGAUAUCUGCAGUGAGAACAUCAUAUUUGAUGCUAUAGCACAGAUCAGAGGAGAGACCUUCUUCUUUAAGGACAGGUUCCUCUUCAGGAGUCCUAAUCAACAAACAAAGCCAACAGGCCCGCUGUUGGUGGCCACAUUCUGGAGUGAGCUCCCUGAGAAGAUAGAUGCUGCCUAUGAAAACCCUCUGGAGGAAAAGACAGUGUUCUUUGCAGGUGAUGAAAUGUGGGUGUAUUCGGCCAGUACUCUGGAAAGGGGCUAUCCUAAGAAGAUCUCUUCCAUGGGCCUACCAACAGACCUGCACCGCGUAGAUGCAGCCUAUUCCUACCACAAGAGCAAGAAAACAUAUCUGUUCUCUGGAGACAAGUUCUGGAGGUACAAUGAAGCCAAGAAGAAGAUGGAUCCAGGCUUUCCCAAACUUAUUGCUGAUUCCUGGAAUGGUGUUCCUGAUGAUUUGGACGCUGCCUUCAGUAUGAACGGAAAGGGCCACAGCUACUUCUUCAAAGACUCCCACUAUCUGAAAAUGGAUGAGAGCCUGAAGAUCGUCAAAGUUGGCGAGGUGAAAACGGACUGGCUGCGUUGCUGAGCAACAGCACAAUCCUGAGCCACAAGGUGAACUUUAACCUUGGGUCACCACAUCACAUUCCACCAUGGUCAGACUGUUCUCUCCCUCAGCCUGGUGAGGACACUCUAGCCUUAGCUAGCCUGUGAGGCUUUAUCAUAGUCAUUAAGCUCUGGGUCUCUUCCGUAAUGGAACAUGGCUAACACCAGAGAGAUAAUAAAACCAUUUUGUAUUGUUAUACUGUGUGAUAUUUGCUGUUUAUUUUCAUUGUUAAAGUGUUUUUUGUUUCUUUUUUUGGCCUCUUUAAAAGAAAAAAAAAAUCAUUUGUGUAUUACCAUAUUUGCAAAGACAUCAGGUAUGUCCCCACUGAACAUUCAUGCAGUUUUUGCCUCAUUGUAGUAUAGUUAUUGUCACUUAAACUGGAUUCAUUCAAGUAGGACUGCACAAGUACAAUUAUGAGGGCAACAGUGUGAGCAAUGUUUCAGAAAUGUUUUGAAAAGCAUUCACAAUAAUCACGUUAAAUGGAUUGUGGAAAAGUAAAGUAAUCUGACGCAGUUCUUUUAAAUGUAUAUCAGAUACAAGUUUUACAUUUCAUAAGCGAUAGCACUUUGUACAUUGAUUCUAAUUGUGUUCUGCAGUAACACAGAGACCAAACAUAUCAGUAGCACACAAAGUUUUACUUCUCGUCUGUCUUUGAUUCCUUUCAUGAGAGUAUUUCAUGACGUCAUUCAGGGCACGGGUUGCCUGAGAUUGUAUAGGGGUUUGUGGCAUGAUGGACUCAUGACUAGAAAGUAUCAUGAAAAUGCUGUUGAUUAAUCGUAUGUACUAUUAUUUUUAUCUUUUGAGUUGGCAUUAUAAUUUUUUUUUAUUUGCUUUGUGCACUUUGUCACUACAUGUAAUUCUGAAAAUAAAGACAGAUUGUCUAAUA